AUGAGUUCAAAUCCGGUAACUCUUCAUUUAAGAGCAGAAACAAAACCAUUAGAAGCUAGAGCAGCAUUAACUCCAACAACAACUAAACAAUUAAUUGAUUCAGGUUUUAAAGUAUAUGUUGAGAAAAGUUCACAGUCAACUUUUGACAUUGAAGAAUAUGAAAAAGCAGGAGCAGAGAUAGUACCUGAAGGUUCAUGGGUUGAUGCACCAAAAGAUCGAAUUAUUUUUGGAUUAAAAGAAUUACCAGAAACUGAUACUUUUCCUUUAAUACAUGAACAUAUUCAAUUUGCUCAUUGUUAUAAAGAUCAAGGUGGUUGGGAAAAAGUAUUAAAAAGAUUUCCAGAUGGAAAAGGUACUUUAUAUGAUUUGGAAUUCUUGGAAAAUGAUCAAGGUAGAAGAGUUGCUGCUUUUGGGUUUUAUGCUGGUUUUACUGGAGCUGCUAUUGGUGUUUUAGAUUGGGCUUUUAAACAAACUCACUCCCCAAAUGAAAAUUUACCAGGUGUUUCUCCAUACCCAAACGAAGAUGAAUUAAUUUCAUAUGUUAAAUCUGAAUUAUCAAAAGCUUUGGAAAAAACAGGUGGAAAAUAUCCAACAACUUUAGUUAUUGGUGCUUUAGGUAGAUGUGGUUCAGGAGCUAUUGAUUUUUUUAAAAAAGUAGGUAUACCAGAUUCAAAUAUUGCUAAAUGGGAUAUAGCAGAAACUUCAAAAGGUGGACCUUUCAAAGAAAUAGUAGAUACUAAUAUUUUUAUUAAUUGUAUUUAUUUAUCUGCAAAAAUCCCACCUUUCAUUAAUUUGGAAUCUUUGAAUGUUGAUGAUAGAAAAUUAACAACUAUAGUUGAUGUAAGUGCAGAUACAACAAAUCCUCAUAAUCCAAUCCCAGUAUAUGUUAUUGCAACAACAUUUGAUAAUCCAACUGUUGAAGUUUCAGGGUUAACUAAAGGUCCAAAAUUAUCAGUAUGUUCAAUUGAUCAUUUACCAAGUUUAUUACCAAGAGAAGCUUCUGAAUUUUUUUCAAAAGAUUUAAUGCCAAGUUUAUUACAAUUACCUGAAAGAGCCACUGCUCCAGUUUGGGUAAGAGCUAAAGAAUUAUUUGAUAAACAUGUUGCAAGAUUAAGUUAG